UUGACUGGUACAACAACAAGCAGAAGAAAUCUCAGAGGAUUGGAGAUGCUGAAGUCUUUUCACAGACGCGGCAAGCUCUAAAUCAAGAUCAACGACGAUAUUCUUGGCCGAGUCCUCUGAUUGAAGCCAUGGAGGCUCCAGAAGAUGACUUACUUUCUCCCGAGAUCGACAUGUCCAUGGAGGAUGCUAUGUCCCCAGCAUUCACAAAGAAGAAAUCGCGCAGACCCACGAGAGCAGUGGGGCCAAUAGUCACCUCAUCAAUGUUAGUGUUAACUCCAGAGGAGAGAGAGUUGAGGCAACAAAAGCGUCUGGAAAAGUCCAAAUGUUGUGUUCAAGAAUCUUGGAAAAGUUACCAAUCGAAAGUCAACUCACUUCCUAUACAAUCGAAAAAAGAAAGUAAUUUCUCUCGCUAUCAUUCUAUGGGAGUCUUGUAUGAUCCGCUGCUAGAUAAACGGAGGCGAUUUCUGACACAAAAGUUUAGUCACCUUCUGAAAACUUUCUCAAUGAUACAGGAGGCUGCAUUACCUCCAUACAUCAGGCCAACUCCUCCCAAAGAAUUGAACAAAAAAGGACGGCGAGUAACUCUUCCACGUGUCACACUUAACAUAAGACCUGAUAUCAACGAGGCUGUCUCUCUACCUCGGACAUUUGCGGCAACAACAAAAUGGACUCAGAUUUCCAAUCUCAAUUUUCAAGAUGAAGAGCACUAUUUGGAUGAGUGGACACAGACUCCGUGUACCUGGCUUCCUCAAGUGCUCAGACAACUUUCGAGCCGACUAAGUACCAAUCGUAUGGUGAGCGAGAGGAAUUCUUUCAAGCCCACUGACACCAGGAAAGAUUCAAUACCAAUCAAGCUGGAAAUCUUGGACGUCAAGAAAGAUUCGCUGCUGGAUUCGACAACGAAAGAUUUCAUCAGUGAGAUGAGUUCGUCGCAAGGAAUUAAAAAAGUUUCCAUUCGAGAUCAUCUGGAAAUAUUAGAAGCGAAAGAAAGAAAGUUUUCUGACACUAUGUCCAGAGGGAGCAUUUUUUCAACCGAUAUGACCUUUGACCUUCUAACGGACACUGUGGAAGCACCUAAACUGAAACUUCCCUACACUGAAGGCGUGUUUGACCUGCUGGACAUCCCACUUGAUGACAUGGGCAAUCCCAUUGGACAGACGACAGGAUUUUGUGAAUGGUGUGGUAACCAUAUUCUUCCAAUACCGGAUCCCUUUACUCUCAAGUCAGUCUGGGACAGAACCACUUUAUACUGUUGUACCAAAUACAUGGACUUUGUGAAUGAAAUAAGCCUCCUAGAAGGAAAACUAGUGGCCAUUGAAGCCACACAAAAAAUGAAUGUCAAGCCGCACACCAAAUUUUUUUCCAGCAAAUCCAAAAGAAAGCUCCUGGAGAAAAGAGAUUCUAUUGAUAAGAAAAAAGACGAGUCAGUGGAUACAUUUGACCUACCCUGGGACCCACACGAUACCAAAUAUGACACUGACCUAUGGGAUGAUAGCCUGUUUGAAGACCCCAGCAUCCGCGCUUACAUGUACGCUGAUAUUGUUGCUAUGGCAUCGGGGACGUACAUACACGUGCAAGACAAUCCCGUGGACAAAAAUGAAACAAUCAUCGAGGAGGAGACGAGAGAAGCAGAAGAGGAGGCUAACACUUAGACGAGGGCAGAUCUGGUGAGGAGGAUACGACUGAAGCAGAAGAGGAGGCUAACACUUAGAUGAAGGCAGAUCUGGUGAGGAGGAUUCGAGAGAAGCAGAAGAGGAGGCUAACACUUAGAUAAGGGCAGAAUUGCGCCGGAGGAAACAUUUUAAUUAAUUGCUAAAUGAAUAGCUAAUAAUUAGUGCAUUGAAGAAGAGAAGACACUUGCGUUUUUAAAUUGGUUUUUAAUUAAAUGAAUUUAAAAUUUUAAA